GUCAGACGCCGAGCGCACGACCCACUUUUCCAUCCACAUCCCAUUUCAUCGCGAGUCUUGGUUGGCCCUGGUGCGCGUUCGUGUUCGUCACGAGUUUUUCUGUCGCGAAAACGGCGUGAUUCAACGAUUUCGGUUUGUUUUCGCUCUAACGGCGCAGCAGCACACCGACGUGAACAUGUCGAGAUGGAUUUUAUGAGGCUGUUCGGCGCCCUGAUCGCCUUCCUCUUCCACAAUGGGUGCGCUUCUAAAAUCAAUGGCCAAAGGAUCUGCCGGCGAGGGACGGAGCGUCCAUGCUAUAAAGUGUCCUACAUCCAGGACAGCAGGCGAAGGCUGACGUACCAAGACGCCAGACAGGCCUGCAGAUCGGACGGAGGAGAUCUCCUCAGCAUCGAAACAGAAAGCGAGCAGCGACUGAUCGAAAGAUUCAUACAGCAGCUCCACGCCGCCGAUGGAGAUUUCUGGAUUGGCCUUCGACGCAGCCCGCAGCGUUUCAGGACUGGCAGCGUCAACCCGGGAUGCCCGUCCCAGUACUUUUGGCUGGACGGGAGCAAAGCCAAGUUCAGGAACUGGCACUGGGACGAGCCUUCCUGCGGCGGGGAAACGUGUGUGGUUCUUUACUACCAACCGUCUGCACCACCCGAUGAGGAAGGCCAUUUCCUCUUCCAGUGGAAUGACGACAACUGCAAUGCCAAGAACAACUACGUUUGCAAAUAUCCAAAAGAGAAGACGACAGUAUUUACAGAAGCAGGGCGAGGGAACGCAGCACAUGCAGUUCCUACAGUGAUGCCAAAUAUAUUCUUCACAACAUCAAGUGGCGAGACGAUUAAAGUAGGAAUGCCUGAGUCAUCAGUAUCUUUCUCCGACAACUCCUUGUAUGUUCCCUACAUCCUGUACGCAACCAUUCCUGCACUACUGCUGCUAUUGCUUGCGGUUUCGGGCUUCUUCUGCUACAAACAAGCUAAGCGGAGAAAGUCAAAAACCAAAAACUCAACCGGCCAACCAAAACCAUGGAUGCCCACCGAAGCAUCAACUUGCCCUAUUCAAGGACCCUAUGCCUUCAGUGACAUCACCAGACUUUCUCACCUGACUCCGGACAGCACCCUACCAGCUGACUUCAAAACCAAGUACCCGUAUGCUGCUACAAAGGAACCCCAGUGGAAUGAGUAUGAGAAUGUAUAUUUAGCGGACAGGGAGAGCGGCUUCGUGACAAAUGACAUCUACGAGACCACUGGAGCUCACUGUCGCCCUCAGCCUGGUUGGGUCGAAAAUGAGAUCUAUGGGUAGGAUGAUACACUCUUCUGCGGCCUGCCAGGUGCGAGCUAAGGAAUCUUACCCUGUCAGACUAAAGGACGUAUUCUUUAUCCUCCUUCUCUACCACAUGCCCGGUGCAGGAUACCUGAACAUGUGCCUGUGACUGGAAACUAUACUACCACGUUGUUCUGGAUCUACAGUAGAACUAGUAGGACUUGAGACUAUUAAUGUCAUGCAUAUUGUCAAUGUACCAAAAAAGAAAAUUGAUCAAUGGCUAAAAACUCAAUUACUGCUGCAUAUAAAAGAAUCCGUUCAACACAGUCCCGCAUGCUUAAUGUCUGGAAUGAGUGAAGCAGGUUAUGCAAUCACAGAUGUUUUGAUUGUAUCCAUUUUGCUUCUUGUGGUUUACAUUGUCCCCUUUUAUCCAUCAUUUCUGUCGAGUUAUGUAACAGCAGUUUUCAUUUCAAAGAGCCAGUGAUUAACCCAAAUAUUCCGCCUUGUCAGCUUGCCCGCAAAUGCAGCGCUUUCUAUAUUUGGUUCAGCAUGUUUUCUUGCGAGGUUGUAUUCAUUUAAUAAAAUGAUUCAGCAGGAUAA